GGUACUGGGCAAUGGAAAGGGGUAGAGGAGAGAGAAUUGAUUGAACGAGUCGAGGAGUGGAAAAAGAAUAUGAAUACGAUAACGACGACGACGAUGACGAUGAGUGUAUUAAACAUCUAUGGCUAUGGCUAUGGUGUUGUAGCUGUUGUUGUGUUCCUUAUAUUAUUGCUUUGGCAGCGUCACAGAUUUUUCUUCGCUUCAUCUCGGUCGUCUCCAUCCACUUCAUUACUGCUCUUCGAUUCUAUCAAUUCAAACUCAAACUCCAGAAGCAGAACCUCAAAUUUUGUGACAGAUGCAGAUUUGAAAUUUUUAAUGGAGAUUUUGGAUGAGAAGCUCGGCAGUGAUAAAUGGGAGGAUGUUCUAGAUAAAAGAAACCAUCAUCUAAGCUACAGUGUGAAAUGCUGCAGGCCUAAGAAUGGUCCCCUGAAAUAUUUGAGCAAGACUGUGUUCAAUGACAUUUCAUCAGAGAUGCUAAGAAACUUCUACAUGGACAAUGAUUACAGAAAGCAGUGGGAUAAAACACUGGUUGAGCAUAAACAACUGCAGGCAGACAAAUCUGAUGGUACUGAAGUUGGUCAUACAAUUAAAAAGUUCCCUCUUUUAAAGCCUAGAGAAUAUGUGCUAGCUUGGAAGUUGUGGGAGGGGAGUGAUAAAACAUUUUACUGUUUUAUGAAGGAAUGUGAGCAUCCUUUGGCACCACGACAGAGAAAAUAUGUACGAGUUGAGUUUUUUAGAUCUGGUUGGCAAAUAAGAGAAGUACCUGGUAGCAAUGCCUGUGAGAUCACAAUGUUUCAUCAAGAAGAUGCUGGUUUAAAUACGGAGAUGGCUAAGCUGGCCUUUCGCAAGGGCAUAUGGAACUAUGUAUGUAAGAUGGAUAACGCGCUUAGAAGAUACUCUGUUAUAGGCUAUCAUUUAUCAAGUUCAGUUACCACUUCAAUCGAUUUAAUGCAGAAGGUACCUGCUUGCUUGGACACUAUUUCGAGUAACAUCUCUCCAGCAAAUCCUACCGUCUUCCAUGAUCAAGUUACUGAUGAAUCUCAAAUUAGGAUGAUCCAAAGAAGGCCAUCAAGAAAGUUGAUAGCCAAUGGUUUGUUGCUUCUAGGGGGUGCUACUGCUAUAUGCCUGUCUCGUGGUCACUCUAGCCUAGGUGCUAAAGUUGCCAUGGCAUACAUCAUAAACAAACUUAGUAAGCGUGGUGCUAGAUCAAACCAAAGCAAACAAAGUUGAAGGUGAUUGCCCAUGGAGAGCAAGUAUAAUGUCCGAAUCAAAGAAAAAUGCUCUUUAAAAACAUUGUUUGCCAGUCAUGACCUUAAUUUUUGUUGCAGAAUUAAUUGGAAGGUUAAGGAGGCCGAAGGAGAAUGAUGGGUUUGCAAACCUCAUGUUGUCAAUUAGUUAUUAUUUUUUCAAAAUGUAUAUAUAUAUAUAUACUAUCAUGUAUAUGGCUUUGUAUACAAAUGCUUUUGUCUUUGAAUAAAAAGUAUGUAUUAUCGUCAUCA